GCGUAAUCCAUUGUUAAAAAAGCAAACAAGCGUUAGAUAUAUAAUAUGUAUCAUAUCUUAAAAAAUAUUUCAAUAAAAUAAAUUAUUUUCCUAACGAUAAGAAAAGAUACGGUACAAUAAUGCAUUUGAUGCACUGACGUAAGACCGGUAUAAAUUUCUACAAACGAUUGAUCACUCCAUGUGAGUGAUAAUUUAUAUAUAACCUCAAAAAAAUUUGUGAGAAGUUUUUUCGAAAUGAGUACUAGUGAAAAAAUGCAAUUAGAUGUGUGGAAAGGUGAUUGGGGUUUGGCGUCAAUUGACACAGAAUGUUUGCAAGUUUUGGCCUAUGCAAGGUUCAAUGGAAUACCGUUACAAGUUAAAGCAACUAAUAAUCCUUUUAAAACACCAAACGGUCGAUUACCUGUAUUAAGAACAAAACAUACUAGCUUGGAUAAAGUUAGUGAAAUAAUACAAUAUCUUAAAAAAACAAAUUUCGAUUCAUCAUCUGCAAAUAAUUCAAAAGAAUAUGCAGAAUUUAUAGCUUAUGAUACUAUGCUUAAAGAUAAACUUUAUCCUGCAAUGCAAUUUAUAUGGUGGUUAGAUCAAACAAAUCUUAAUGAAUUAGUGAGGCCUUGGUAUUGUAAAGCUGUGCCAUUUCCUUUGAAUUAUUAUUAUCCAAGUAAAUUUGAAAAUCAAGCAAAAGCUGUGAUAGAAACAUUGUAUCCUACAGAGGAUAAUAUGACUGUAAUAGAAAAUAAGGUAUAUUCAGAGGCUCAAAAAUGCUUAACAUCAUUAUCUACUAGACUUGGAGAUUCUAAGUAUUUCCUUGGCCAAUCUCAUACUAUGCUGGAUGCAGUUGUGUACUCUUAUUUAGCACCAUUAUUGAAAACACCUUUAGUUAAUCCUCCUUUGCAAAAUCAUUUGAAAGCAUGUACGAAUUUGGUCACUUUUGUAACACAUAUAUCGCAAAAGUAUUUUAGAGAUGAAUAUCAACAAUAUGAGAAAGUAAAAUCAGAAAAUAAUGUAAAGAGAAUGAGAAAAGAUUCCUAUACAGAAUUUCCUAAUAAACGACGUGAUCAAGUAUUGGCUGGCAUAUUUGCUGCAGCAGCUAUGAUUGGUUAUGCCUUAUUAACUGGAAAAUUGGAGGUGCCUAUAAAGGACAAUAAAAUGAUUAAUCAAGCUGAAGAAUAUAUAUUAGAAGAUGAAGUUGAUGAAUAAGAUUUAUUUAAGGUAUUCAAAUAGUAACAAUAAAAAUUUUGGAUAACAGUGUCAUAAAUAUAUGGUUUUAUAUUUCACAGUAAUAAGCAGUUUAUCUUUUUGGAAAUAUAAGUUAUUAUUUUGCAUUUUAAAUGCAUGAUAAAUGGAAUUAUAAAUUUUGCCAUUAAUUUUUUCUUGACCUAUAUUUUGGAAAAAUUCCAGAAGUAGCACACUGUAUUUCUUCUAUGAAACUUUCAAAAUUAUGAAUUGUAGUACCACCUAAAAUAAUUUGUACACCCGGAUUUUGUUUGUUUAAGUUAUAUAUAGUUAAACUUUCUUCAUAUGUUGUUCCACCGAUCAUAAACACAAUAAUAUCUUGUGGCCUAUGAAGUAAACAAAUAACCAGAGAUAUGUUUAUAAUCAUUGAAGAUGAUAUAUUAAAUAGUUAUAGAAAGUUCCUAUAUUUACCGUUUAGACAUAACUAUGUUUCCCAAAAAUGGAUAUGUUUGUGUAUUUAAUUUUCCUUUUAUUAAGUCUUCAAUAGUUUCAUUUAUUAGUGGUGUAUGUCGUGUGUAUACAUUAUCUACUCCAUUCAACUCUUUAAAUAGUUUUUUGGUAAUUUUUACAACUGAUUCUUUGUCAAAUAAAUUAUUUUGCCUAUUAUUGAUGCCACUAUAUUCUAAUACAUUAUGAACAAGCUGUAGAAUGAAGAAAAUAAUUAUUUUUUAAUUUUUAUGUACGAGAAUGGUAUUACAAUAAUUAAUUUGUUAUAUCAUGAUUUAUUACCUUAAUAUAUUUCUCUGAAAUAUUCCUUUUCUUUAAUAAGUCUAACAAACUAGAAAUCUGAUUAUUUGCAUGAUUCUCAUAAUGAAGUGCAUAAAGCAUGACUAAUCGUGCAGCAUCAACUUCUCUUACUUUCUCAUCAUUAAUAAGCUUUUUGACUCUCUGGAGCUAUAAAACAAUUUUUUUUUUCCAUAUAACUUCAUACAUUCAAUUAUACGAUAUUAUAUGAUUAUAUAAUAUUCACAAUAAAAAUAACAUACUUGUCCUGA